AAAUGCACAUAAUUUUUUAAAAAACACUAUUUUAUUACAUUCUUGUCAAAACAUUUUGCUAUUGACUAUGAGGUAACAAGAUUUAGAAUGGAAGGUGAUCGAAACGUGAUUUUGAAUUGUCUGAAUUAAAUGCGGAUCAAUUAUUAUUUGUGGCCUUCAUCAAUGAGUGUGUCAGUGGUAGACAACCGACUCUUUUAGUUUCCUGUUUAAGAAACUUUAAAUCGAGAUUUCAUUUUUUUAAGAACUAGUAUUAUAACACGUUUUGAACACGGAGUGAACCAUGUCGUGCAAAAAUCAUAGAAAUUUACUGCACUUUUACAUUUAAUUUAUUACUCUUUUUGUUCAAGAGCAGUAUGGUUGAACCAAAAGAAGAAAUUCAAAUGUUCUUCUCUUCUCAUCGGCUUUCACUAUCUUAAUGCAUGUUGAUUAAUUAACCUUUUUUUUUGUCUUCCUAUUUUUCACCAUCAUCCAAAAACUGCGACGCUAACGCUUAUUUUACGUAAAGGUACAUUACAACUACAACAUGAGCAUAUUGUUGAAAUGUUACACAUGCGUUAUUUAGUUUGUCGUGUCCACCAACUCCUGAUCUUUAAACUGGGAUGUGCACUUGUAAAAAUGUAAACGAGUAAUGUUGUUAUAUUCGUUAUUCAAUGUCUCGUUUCCGUCAACUGCUGAUUUUGAAACUUGGAGCUUCACCUACCUUAUAUUUUAUAAAAGUAAUUGACAAAACCUAGACGACCAGUUGGUAGGUAGGAGGUAGGUGGCACGUUGACGUCACGACGCCCAGAUCGACCACGGCACCACGCAAGAUGAAGAAAACCUGGUAAAUAAAAAACUUAAAACUUCAUUCGUGUUGCUAAUAGCAACUCGAUCUAUUGAUAGUUGUUGACAAUAAGCAGUGGCGCAGUAUUAUUGUAAUGUGUUUGAAGCUUAGAUAUGGUUGCAGAGGAAUAUUUUCAAAAAAAGUCCUUCGAACGGUUCGAAAUGUAAGAUUCAUUCAUUCACCGAAGAAACGAGUCAAAUGAUGGAAGAAGAAAAUGUCAAUUGACCCAUCCCCAGUAACGUCCACCUGCAGAAGAAAACGCCAGUUUGCAUUUCACAAUCGAAGGUCACGGAAAUCAUUACGUAAAACUGUCAAUGCGGUGGUGUGGAGGUUGAGUAAGAAAGGGAGGUGUUACAAAACCAUUUGGUAUUCAUUUUGAUUUUGGUUUUUGUAGACCCAUCCCCAGCAACGUCAACCUAAAGAAGGAAAGGCCAGUUUGCAUUUUCUUCAUGCUCGAAGGUCACGGAGAUCAUUUCGUAAAACGUGUCAUGCGACGGGGUAGAGGUUGGGUGCGAACGGGACGAUUUACACCAUUAUUAAGUAGGUACAAUAUCCGCAAGGCUCGAGUUGAGAGGUAAGGGUGAGAAAAAGUCGUAUAAAUGGAGAGAGAAAAGGCAAAGGAAAGUUAGUCGAGUGAGCAUCUCCGCCACGGCAACAACUGUAGGCGCAUCAUUUGUCAUUUCACCAACUGCCGUCUUCAUCGUAUUGCUAGUAAUUAUGGUUAACUAUGGCGUUGUGUUGCUGUUGGGUGUUGUCAUCGAUGUCGACCAAAGGAGAGAGAAAAGGCGAUAGAAAUCCGUAGAGUGAACGUCUAACAUGGCAACAACUGUAUCGCACUAUUUGUCACCAGCUGCCUUCUUCAUCUUAUCAGUUGGCAAUCACAGUAAACUGUGCCGUUUUGGUUAUUGUGUCGUUGAUGGCUGGGAUGGCGACUGGUUUACCGAUGUCUCAUGCGCAUGGCCGGUACCAAACCGCAACGCCGCUGUCUUACUGCACAGAUUAACCAUGCUUAACAAUUGGUAAUUACACCACCAAGAGUCCAGAUAAUUACACCACAGCUACUACACCGAAUCCCCGAAUUAACUAUGGGUCGUAGUGCUGUUGGGUGUCGUGUCAUUAAUGACUGGGCCGACUGCAGGUGUACCGAUAUCUUCUGAGAAUGUUGGAUACUAAACCGCGACGCUGCUGCCCUACUACACAACGAAGUCAACAUACGCAAACUCUACUUACUACGCCGAGUCCCCUAAGUACUACACCAGCAAGGCUCAAGAGUUUCGCGACAGAUUACACUGCCUCGACUUACAUCAUCAAAGCGCCUAAGCACUACACCACCGAAGCUCCCAACUACAACACCAAGUAUACUGCCCCAGCUUAUUACACCGAAGCCCACAAGAACUACUCUGCCCCGAGCUACACCACCAAGGCAGCGGAGUACUACACCACCAAGGCAGCGGAGUACUACACCACCAAGGCAGCGGAGUACUACACCACCAAGGCAGCGGAGUACUACACCACCAAGGCAGCGGAGUACUACACCACCAAGGCAGCGGAGUACUACACCACCAAGGCAGCGGAGUACUACACCACCAAGGCAGCGGAGUACUACACCACCAAGGCAGCGGAGUACUACACCACCAAGGCAGCGGAGUACUACACCACCAAGGCAGCGGAGUACUACACCACCAAGGCAGCGGAGUACUACACCACCAAGGCAGCGGAGUACUACACCACCAAGGCAGCGGAGUACUACACCACCAAGGCAGCGGAGUACUACACCACCAAGGCAGCGGAGUACUACACCACCAAGGCAGCGGAGUACUACACCACCAAGGCAGCGGAGUACUACACCACCAAGGCAGCGGAGUACUACACCACCAAGGCAGCGGAGUACUACACCACUUCGUAUGCUGCCCAUCCUCUUACACCGAGACUCUUUAAGUACUACUCCGUUCCCAGCUACUAUACCGAUGCUCCAGCUUAUUACGCCACUAAAGCGGUCAAAUGCUACACCGGAAAUACUUCUCUACCCAGAAUUACUACACAGCGGCUGUUCCUUCGUACUACGUAGAGCAGAAACACUGCACUGAGGCUCAAGUUUACUACACUACAACUUACGCUACAACUUACGCUACACCUAGGUACUACACCGAAGUCCCUAAGUACUACACCAAAGAGGCUGCAUAUUACACAACUCACGCUGCUCUCAGCUGCUACACUGAAGCUCUCAAGUACCACUCUACCAAGGGACCUUUUUAUUAUACCAUUACUUACGCUGAUCUGACCUGCUACACCGAAGAUCCGAAGUAUUCUACUGCCUGACUUACUACACCACUAAGGCACCUGGAUAUUACGUCACAACUUAUGCUUCUCCAGUUUACUACAGGGAGGUUCUUAAAUUCUAGAGCCGAAAUUUAUGUUUUGUUUCAAUUUGUUCAGAUUUCUCGGCUAUGUCAAAAUAGUAACUAGUCACUUGGAAUUAUGUUGAUCACUUAAAUGAGCAAAUACAUUAUUUAAUGGUAAA